AUGGCUGACGUGGAGGCUCCGGGCGCGGCGGAGCGGGGCUGCGUGGCGGUGAAGGUGCCAGCCUCUUCCUCACCGUCAUCGGUAUCGGGUUGGACUCCGGGGGGACUCCCUCUGCAAGAGAUAUCGCAGGCACAAGGACACCGCAACGAAAAUAACCAGUGCCAAGGCCGAAACCACCAUGUCACGACAACUAUCACAGCAAUGGAUUUCGAGCUUGGCUCUCCGCUAGAUAAUGACACUGCAGACACACACAAAUUCGUAAAAAACUUGCGCAAUCCAAAUACCGUUAGGAAAACAAAUUCAAAUGUUAAUAUUUUUCGAAACUGGUUGAGAGGUAAAAACGAGAGCAGGCCCAUAGUUGACUUAGAGGUGAUCGUCUUAGAUAAAUACCUGGCUGUGUUUUUUAUGACGGCAAAGAAACAAGAUGAUAGUGAAUAUGAGCCAGAGACAUUGAAAAGUGUGCAGUCAAGUAUAAACAGGUAUCUAAAGCAGAAUAAUAGACAUAUAAACAUUAUUGAGGACAAGGAGUUUUCUCAUUCGAGAGAAGUAGUGGCUUCCAAAAUGAAAUUAUUAAGACAACAAGGAAAAGGAAACAAGUCAAGGCAAGCAGAUCCUCUGACAAGUGAAGAAAUCGACAUCUUAUAUGAAAGAAAUCUCUUGGGGAAAGGAAAUCCCAAAGCAGUGAUAAAUACGUUGUAUAUCAACAAUACACUACAUUUUGGUAUGAGAUCAAGACUGGAGCACUCAAAUUUGAGGUGGGGAGAUGUUCAAGUCAAAAUUGAUACUUCAGGACAGAAAUUCUUAGAAUUUACAGAACGUGCUACAAAGACAAGAAAUGGUGUUGUUGGGGGAUCGAGGCCAUAUGCUCCAAAGAUGUAUGAAGACAAAGACAAUCCCAGGUGUCCUGUUGCUAUGUAUGAGUUUUAUGCUGAAAAACGACCCCAGACAAUGUUGAAAAAGGAAGAUCCAUUCUACUUAGGAGUCCAUAGAAACUGGGCUGAAAAAACUGUUUGGUAUGUGUCUCAGGCUCUUGGAAAGAACUCAUUAGGGUGCCUUGUAAAAA